AUGUCACCUUCUGAACAGAAUAUUGAGGACCUGUGGACGGAUGCAGUUAUAAAGUACAAUAGCGACGAGGACGACCCCAAACAAUGUACAAUUCAAGAGAAACAGGAUAUUGAGUAUGAAUGGAUAACUGCUUUUAAUAAGGCGACAGAAUCGAAGGGUUUGCUAAGCAAUUUUUCGAGACGCCGCCAUUCAGAAACGGCUGUGGAUCAGGUUCGAAAAUCGUUCUUGAGUGUAAUCAACGCAGUCAGCAAUGCCGUCGAGCCCAUUGGUUCGCUGGCCGCCUGUGCGUAUCCCCCAGCAUCGGCCAUCUCACAAGCGAUACUAUUUGUCUUCCAAGCCUGCCAGAAGGUCUCUCAAAACUUGGACCAGAUCGCCACUUUCUAUAAGACUAUGCAGAUCUUCUUUGAGAGGCUAUCUCUGCUGGAGGAAAGAUUGCCUCAAGAAAAAGCGUUCGGAAUGCAGUUGACACGGGUCUUUUGUGCUCUCUUGGACAUGUGCAGCGAGGCGAAGAAGUAUGUCAAACAGGGCAGAGCGAUUGCGUUUUUGAGAGCUGUGGUUGGUAAGGAUGAUGGCCUGGCAGGUGCUUACAGCACAUUCACUGACCACAUGAAUGAUCUCGAGUCGAGUGUCAUCCAUGCCACCCUGGGCACGGUGACUGAGACAAGUCGACACCUGAAAAAUAUGGAAGAGAGGUUCAUGGGGGUACUCUCCCGUAUAGACAUACGGGCGGCGUUGGUCUUGGACCAUGCCGCUGUUGGAUUCCAGAAGCGAGCUGAAACCAUCCAAAGUGGAGAGAGUAGAUCUGGCAUGUUGGCCACUCGUACAAUGGAUAGGAAUACGGGGACUCGCCCGCUCGACAGCUUCGAAUACGUGCUCAAAUGGCUCUGGACACCCGCAGAGAUUCCAUUGGGCCAGUGGAAACAGCAAGCGGAGCGCUCCUUGAUCGAAGAGAUCUGCGCGUGGGUCGAUCCGCAGUUGAUUCAACUGAUCAAGGAGACGGAUGCCGACCCACUGCCUGUUCAUAUCAGCGGCCGCCCGGGUACAGGAAAGAGCAUGCUCGCAUUUUACAUCUUUCGCUUCUUGCAGAAUAAUAUGAAGAUUUCCCCCUCGCCCAAAUUCGUCGUCUACUUCAACUUUUGCACUGAGACGGGAAGGACCUGUUCACUUGAGGAGAUGUUGUGCUCCUGUGCCUUGCAAGUCGCGGAGAAAGAUCUAACUUUUCGAAAGGCUCUUAUCCGCAUCAUCAAUCAAGGAUGUGAAAAGUGCAAUAAAGGAGCAAGAUGUCCUUGCAAACAUUGGGUACCUAAAUUUGCGACCGCAUUAGAAAAACAAACGCUGUUCGUCGUUUUGGACGGGUUGGACCAUAUGGGAAAGGAAGAUUUACAAGCUGCUCAAAACUUUCUAACACAAAAGAGAGAAAACAUUGGACUGAUCCUAGUUGCACAAAAUAAUUCGCCAGAGCAGACACGGCAAAGUCAGAGAGAUAUUGUUAUUCCAGAACAGCACCUGAAAGAGGGUCUAGAGAAAUUUGCUGACGUUCGUCUGCUGGACCUACCACGAUUCUCCCGGUAUACCAAUCGUCGGAGAGAAUACAUUGCAAGGCUGGCGAGCGAAAAAGCGGAAAAUCUGGACAACGGGUUUCUCUACGUCCAUCUCAUGCUCCAUCAUCUCAAUGAAACUAAGGGCCGACUCACUAUAAACGAAACGGUCUUCCCUCGCCACACUGAUGAUGUCUACAAAAUGAUCUUUGUUGAAGCAAUUGACGGCCGGAGUACCGCUGACAGGGAUCAGCUCCAUAGCCUCCUUACGUGGCUAGCCUGGACCAAGGACCAGCUCACCCUAGGGGCGGCAGAACAGCUGCUUGAGGUGGCUCGUGAGUGGCUGAAGCCGAAGGACGGGAGCAGUAUAAUCAGCAUCGAGGCUGAAGUGUACAGUCGAUAUUCUAGAAUCCUUGUCCUCUCGGCUAAUCCCAAUCCAAGAACCGAGUUAACAGAUGGAUUUGCAGAAGACGAGGAUCACGAUGAUGGCAGCUGCAGCUUGCUGAGAUUCUCUGCGCCCUCACUCAGGACCUACUACCAGGCUCACAGCGAUGGACUGUACAAAAAAGGAGAACUUUUCCAAAAAUAUGACUCGCGCCAGCUUAUGUUCAAACUGAUGAAAAAAAUUCUCGAGAGAAAAGGAGGGGGGACCCGGGCAGAGAAGGAGUUGAUUUCCCUCGCCGCGAAAGGCUGGCUGAGGCAUUCACGUCUAAUCUGGGAAGACUCGGCAACAGACCAAGCCCAAAUCGAGAAAGACAUCCGCGACAUAUUCACGGAGAAGUGUGAUGUUCUGCGGAGAUUGGAAAGAACGGUAGACAUCACCAAACCAAAUCCAUCAGUAUUUACAAUCAAGGAUCUGCAACAGUUACAGGAGUUACUGUUCACAGACAACUCUAUUAGUAGCCUCUGGCGCACUAUUGCCAGAAUCCAUGUGAACAACUGGUGGAGAGCAAAAACUCCCAUCGAGGCCUACACCUCUUUUCGACUGGCCCAUCAGGCCCUUCUUGAAUCCAAGGAGCAAGAAAUCCUUAAGCUAAAGUCUCGGACCUCUCGCAAGAAAAUGAUGGUGGAGGUUUCAAAGUUUUUCGACAAAGAAUGGGAGCAGAAACUAGACAGCCUGAGUAGAGCGAAGCGGUUCAGAAAACGCUCCAUGGCCUUGCGCUAUGAUGGGCACUAUCAGGAAGCCAUCGACGAUAUAAAAUCUGGCAUCGAACAAUGCAAAACGGCUGAUGAAAAGCAUUCCAGGCAGGAGUUCAAGCUGCUGGACAGAAAAGGGCGUACCUAUUUCGGUUGGUCUGAGGAUGUUGAAGACAGUAAGGGCGAGGGAGGUAAAAGAGAACCGGGAUCAAAGCAUCUAGAGAAAGCAGAGAAAGCAGUGGUAUCCUUCAAGGAGGCGCUGGAAAAUUCGGACGUCAUGAAGAAGAAAGAUAAUGGGCAGACUGACCCACUUAACAUGACCUACCAGCUGAAAGCAAAAGCAGAGGCGCUCUUGUGUCGAUGGGAAGAGUGUUUGGAGAGUGUGCAAAAUGCUACAGGUGUGAAGAGGGCAGAUGGGGCAAACGAGGGAAACAAAGAACCCCAAAUCCUCAUUUAUUUUGAUGACAUUGUUCUCGCCAUGGCAAACAAUGGCGCGGCAGGAAGGAUCAUAGCCCUACUAGAACGCGUGCACAGCAACCAGCUUGCGGUAGGAUGCACUGACAGAACACAUGCGCUUCUUCAGUGUGCCGCAAGGAGUGCCUGUGCGGGCCGUGCGGCCAAAAAAGAGGGUCCCCUAGAGAAGAUGUACGGCGCAAUCAAAACCCGAAAAGAAAAUAAUCCACUUCUACCGCUUAAUCCAAUUAUCGGCUGGUAUGGAGCACUUGCACGCCAUUUUCUGGAGGACCCAGAAAAGGCAAAGGAAUACCUUGAAAUGGCGCUAACACCGGAUGUGGAGACCGAAAUCAAGGCGGUUAUUCCGGCCAGUUGCCAACUGGCGGAUAUGCUCCUGAAGGAAUUUUGGAACGUCCCAGAUACAUCUAACGCAUCGGAAAUUCUGUCCUUACGACAAGCAGUGUGCAGCAAGAUGGAUCGCCUCGUUGAAAUCGUCGCUGCCCAAGUUCCAGAAUCCCAAUCGAAGCUAUCACAGGCAAGGAUCCCGCUUGCUAUGAUGCACGGUGCGCUGAGGUCGGUUGUGACGUUCAAGAAAGAGACGGACGUGAUAUUCAGGACAUGCUGCGCCGCGCUGGAGGAUCAUAUAGCAUCCAACGAUCCCCCAAGCUUUCGGAUGCUCGCGAAAGUGCUAGCCCUGUUCUGUGACUUCUCGAGGCGCCCUAAGCUGAAAGAGAGCGCCUCGAUUGCAUGUGCCUGUCAAUUCUACAUCAUGGAUGAGGAGGUUGUCAAGGCAGAGGAAGCUCAAGCAGAGACUUCGACUGGAUCAAGGGCAAAAAAGCCCAAAGAUCUGAGAAACGCUAGUCACCGUUCACGAUCGUCCAAAAGCUCAGACACGUCAAACGAAGCCGCUGGAAAUAAUCCAUUAUGGUCUGUGGAGUGCAGUGGCGGCUGCUUAACAAUAAUCCACGCGAAUAACCUCGAAACUGAACAAGCUUUUUUGUGUUACUACUGCACCAACACGAUCCUGUGCAAAGCAUGCUACAGAGAUCAUAAGAAAUCACAUGAUGGUUGCAAGAUAUGCGAGGAAAAUUGCAAGAAUGCCAAAGAUGCUGAACUGAAAAUGUGCUAUAAAUUGUGUAUCCCGUGUCAACCAUACCAUCGGCACAUCCAAGCGGUCCAAGCGGUCCAAGCCGCACCCAAUGGUUUCAUGAAGUUUAAGAAAAACAAUAUCGAUAAUAAAGGUUCCACCGACAGAUUCAAAAAGGGGCUUAAAGAUUGGCUCAAAGAUCUUCAAACGACAUGGGAGGAAGAAUGGAAAGCAUUUCUAAAAGAUUGCACAUGGCAGACCUCCAGGAAUCAGAGCCAGGCCUCCAGGAAUCAAGAUGCAAGGGCUGCAGCGCAGGCUAGGGGAACUCGGCGUCCCGCCCCGCGAUCAACUGCACUGGGAUGA